CCACCACCACGACCACGACACCAAGAUCGCUGUCUGUUCGUGCAGAGAGCUUACAUCUCAGGUGACAAGCCCUUUACAGCCGUCGAGGGCGCUUGUCGCCCCAGCUCGCGCGAGAGCUCGUCUACUUCUCUCACGCCUCCCCUCACCUCGCGCGGACUCCCCAAAAUUCAAAGAUGGACUCGUUGCUCUCUGAUCUGUCCAAGCUCUCAGCACGAGCGCCGAGCCUGUACAACAGCACUGUGCCCUCAUCCUUCGCUUCGAACUUGGACGCAUUCAUCACUCAGCUCGAGACGGAACGAGCGUCAUCCAGUCCCAAUCUACCCCUCCUCGCGGACGCCUUUGCCUCGUUGCAAUCCAGCAGCUCUACGCGCGUGAAGGAGUACUACAAUGCUCUGGCUCGACUGGGCAAAGCGUUGGACAAAAAGUUUCCAUCCAGCUUGAGUGGUAUAGCCGAUCCCAACCUCUUCUCCUCGCCCGCGUCAAAGUAUGCGCUCGACUCAACUGUAGCUCUGCAUCUCAUGCGAGCCGGGGAGUGGGAGGCUGCCGAGACGUUGCAAAAAGAAGCAGGCAUUCCGCACCCUUCACCACACGUCAAUUUUAAGGAGCUCACAAUGGUCUUGGAAGCAUUGCACGCCGAGCGGCCUGGACUCGCCAUCGAAUGGGCAACUACGAACAGCAAGUGGCUGGCUGCCAGAGGGUCUCCGCUGGAAUUUGUAUUGCACCGAAGCGUGUUCCUGCGUUUGGCUACUGGUCGUCUCGAGCAUCCUGAUGAGACAUCGGCGCGGGGCAGAGCCUUGCACAGGAACGGCAACAUCAGGCUUCACGUCGAUGGCACCGACGGGGACGCAACGAUGGAGCACUGGACGGAUGCACCGGAAGAAGGUGGCGGUGCAUCCGAGGAUGGGCACAGCAACGAAGCCCACUCAACUUAUCACGAUGCUCAUCCCACGAUGAGCAUGAGCGGCGUCAUCAACCAGCACGGAUUUGGGGAUGGUCGUGCCGAACCCAAUCCCAAUCCAAUGCUUUCCCAACUAAACGCAAUGAAGUAUGGAAAUACGGUAUUCCCCAAGUUCAUGCACACGCAUUUGGUCGAGGUUGAGAAGCUGUACACCUUCCUCGUCUUCCUCCAGCCACAUGCCAGCGACCUUUCGGACCAAGUAUUGUUUACGAGCAUGCCGCUGCAGUACCGCCAUUUCUUGGACAACAACACCAUGCAUGGACCACUACUCGCGCCGCUCUUUGAAGCAGAGUGGUGCGCCAGGAAAGGCGUGGCGAAGGAAGCGCCUUUAAAGCUAGCUGUCGAAGUCGGUGCGGGCGGCGCGCUGAAUCGCAUCGCUAAAGUCAGGGCUGUGAUGAAGCAAAGCGGCAACGAGUGGAGCCAAGCCGACGAGCUGCCGGUCGAGAUACCUUUGCCGCCCCAUCUUCGCUUUCACUCAACGUUUGCCUGCCCAGUCUCCAAGGAGCAAGGAACGGAUGAGAACCCGCCGAUGAUGAUGACUUGCGGGCACGUCGUCUGCUUGGAGUCUCUGAGCAAGAUCGGCAAGGGAAGCGGACGAGUCAAGUGCCCUUACUGUCCCACUGAGAGCAGAAUUGGCGAAGCUCAUCGCGUCUACUUUUGAGAUUGCCUGCCACGCAACACGGAAAUCGCACGUGCUUGGUCGAGUCACGGCGCCUUUACCAUCUUUCAAUCACCACCGCUUCCCGCCAGCCCAACGUCUACGCCUACAGCACCUCGUCGUCCAUUGUUCUGCAUCCGAGUCCCGUCUAGACUCGCCUACGUUCCAAUCAACACACGUGUACUUGUCGCCCUGCUACAUCUCAGCUCAUCGUCUCGCUCCUGGAACCACUGUCAUACACAGGGUCCUUAAUACAGUCCAGCUCUCCAUUCAACUCCGCAGCCCACUCUAUUGUAAUUGUACGUGUACUCUUGUAGUUCCGCAGACGCAUUCGUGGCGUGGCG